AUGACAAUCCUAGUUCCUUGGCAAAAACACAUAUAUACAAGAGAAGCAGCUCACAACAUGUCUUGGAGUAAGGAUGCAGUAAAUGAGGAGAAGGUUCCGCUUUCCGAAGAGCGUCUUGAGCAUCCUAGGCAGAUCUUUAGAAACCAUGUGCACCAUCUCUGGGCCUCCAGGAAGCUUCCGGUAACGUUUCUCCUUCUGCAUUAUCUAGGGAGCUGCAGUCUCCUUUCUUUCGGCUUCGCAACGAACAGUUGCACUUUCGUGCUUCUCGCAUGCGUAGGACUUGUGACGUUCGUCGGGGCGAGCUUUCUGUUGAAUCCCUUUAGAAGCUUGAGUGUUCGGGACAAAAUGCUUCUCAUGGAAGAGGUACUCAAGGAAAAUCCCAGGCUGGACAGAGAAAAGUGGGAGAAAGUCGCAGUGCAAAGUAACUACGCCAUGCACGAAGAGGGCUCGCGCAAGAACCCAUACUUUUUCUACGACGGCGACGAGUGUAUGACGUUCUUCCAGCAUACGUUGUUGACCUCUUUCACGAAGGAAAUGAAGAUUGACAAGAACUACGAGCCCAGAGGAGAUCUCAUCGAGCAAGCAGCGAGACACCACCUCGAGAAACUGGCUUCAAAGUAUACUAACAUGGACCAGGCUUGA